AGAGCGUCCGGGUUUUGUUGGUUGAUCAUCUGACCCACUUGGGUGCGCGCAAGGAGACGUCAGAGCGGAUUCGGUGAAGCUUUGGCUCGGCCGUCUUCCUCCCCGCUGAGCGUCGUCAGUCACCCGGUUCGGUUCAGGUUGCACGCAAGGAGGAAGAGGAGACGGAGGAGGAGGAGGUGUGACGACAGUGCGCCACUUUCCAAACUGGCCUGCCGCUGGCGCAACAAGCAUGGGAUUACUGCGUGCGUAAUGUUGCUGCGACUCCACUGCGGGACCAUGUGAGACGUCCCGGAUCCUCCUGGUUCUGUCUUUCCCCCCCUCCUGUCUUGUGUGUGGAUAUCCUAAAGGAUCACAAGUUCGGCGCAAAAGAGGAUUUGCACGCCGCCAACGACAUGGACUCGCCGCUGCUGCACCCCCAGGCCCCUUUUUUAGAACCCUUCCCAAAAGCUGGUAAAUAAUAACUUCAUGACCGUCAAGACCCCCAACACCGACACCGCGGAUUCUAACACCUCGCCCGGAUUUGGAUUUGUCAACACCAUGAACUUUAUUGACAGUUUGACACUAUUAUUUCUGACGCUGUCGGCUGUCAAGAGUGCCAACGUACCGAGGGAAGCAGAGAGAGGUCCACAUGACGUGAUCCCCUUAAUGGAGGUAUACAACAAGAGCUUGUGUAAGCCCCGGGAGCUGCUGGUGGAGAUCCUGCAGGAGUACCCCGAGGAGGUGGAGCACAUCUUCAUCCCAUCGUGCGUUGUGUUAACGCGCUGCGCCGGCUGCUGCAACGACGAGACGCUGCAGUGCACGCCCACGUCCAGCUAUAACGUGACGAUGGAGAUCAAAAGAAUAAAAACCCAAAGGCAACAAAAUGAUAUCUUUAUGAGUUUUACAGAACACAGCGCAUGCGAGUGUAGGUUAAAGAAAGAAGUGAAAGAAUUGAAAGAAAAUGUUUGCAAGCCGUGCACGGAGAGGAGAAAGCAUUUGUUUGUGCAGGACCCGCUAACCUGCCGCUGCUCCUGCAAACACACAGACCAAUUUUGUAAAGAUCGCCAACUAGAGCUCAACGAGAGAACCUGCAGAUGUGACAAGCCCAGAAGAUGAGCGGGGACGGAAGAGGAAGCAGCACAUGUAACAAGAAUGAAGGAAUACUAUUAUAUUACUAUUAUAUUAUUAUUCCUAGAAUAUAACAGCACGGCACUUUCACCUGUUUUUGUGAACCUGUAAGCCCUUUUUUGUGUGGAAAGCAUUCCGCGUUUUGGAGCGAGAGACUCACCUGUAUAUCUACAGUAUGUACGUGUGCGUGCGUGUGUGUGUGUGUGUGCGUGUGUAGACCAGCAUAAAACUACACAAUGGUUUGCUGCUACAAGUCCGACAACGAGCGCCACGUGGUUUUUGUUUUUUUUGCCUUCUAAUAACCGUCGCUUUCACUUCACUGGAUGUGAGUCUACUGUGCUGGGGUGCCAAGACGCUGCAAUGCCAGAUUGAACUGAACUCUCUAGAAGAAGGGGAAGAAGAAGAGGAAAAGGAGGAGCGCUGCAGCAUGCAUCCAAAGGUGGAUGUGUUGCUUUGUAAAGUGGAAGAUAAACAGGACAGCGUGUGGGAAUCUUCCAGAAGAAUCUUCCAAGGAGUGCUUUUAAAGGGAAACUGGAAUGAAAACCACUGAAAAAAAACUCUACUGUCGGAAGAAAACAAAAAACAGCGCCUCCCAGGCUAAAGAGAGACUAAAGAAAUUGAUGAAGUGCUUUAUAAAUUAUUUGUAUUAACAUCAGUAGUGCGUCCCCUCUGGAAGUGUACAUAGCUUAACAAUAACAUCCCUCCAUGCCAUCGUCCAUUCUAGAUCAUUUAUGUCACAGAGGACUUUUCAGUAUUCCUUUUAUUUCUCGUAUUUAAUAUGCUCUAUUUAUAUAUGCAGUGUUGUGUCCCGUCCCCCUCCUCGUUGUCCAUCUUUUUUAUAUAGAAAUAUAUAUCCAUAUGUAUACAUAUACGUAAGAAACAAAAAACACCAUCCAAAAAAAGGCUAUCAGAAUCUAUUUACUAACAUUCCCUAAAUGGUUUCCUUGUAGCGAGGACACCUGGAUUAUUCAACAAGAAAACACACACACACGGCCAAGAAGAUGUAGAUGAUGCACAGUAUGUAAGAAAGUAGCACCCGUGGGUUCUACUGCUACAUCUUCCACAUUUCAAAGGAAAAACAAAACCCUCCUCUGCCAUCAUGUCUUAGAAAGCUGAUCUCUUAGUGCCUUCCUGCUGGCGUCUCUUCAUCACUAAUAACCUUUUAUUGUCCCUGUGAAACAGUAAAGCAUAUUUAUUUUCAAAUGAUAUUGUUUUUAUAUAAAAAUACGGAAAAGGUUCUUGUGUGGUGUCAUCAAUGACAUUUUUUUAACUAACCUUUUUUUGGCCUAAAAAAACCCCCAAGAAAACUAAAAACAACAACAGCAAAAAUUGAGUAAUUUUAUGAGAAUAAAGCUGAAAUAUUAGGAGAACAAAGCUAUGUUAUUAAAUAAAAUAAGCUGUAAUUUUACAAGAAAAAUGUUGAAAUAUUAGAAGAAAAAAGCGAUAAUAUUUAGAAAAAAAGUUCUAAUAUUACACGCAAAAAAGCCUUAAUUGUACAAGAGUGAGAAAUGUCUAAUAUGAGUGAGAAAUGUCUAAUAUGACGGUUUACAUGAACUGAAACACUGCCACCUACUGGUGUGGUGCAGGUUUUCAUGCAGGGCGUGUCUGCAGACCAAACCUCAUUUAUUGGAAAAUGUUUGUUUUCUUCUGUUUUUUAAGUUACACUUGACUAAAGUUAUUUAUUUCUAAAGUUAGUUACUUUUCCUUUUUAAAAAAUUGUAAUCUGUUUUAAGCAGAAGGCAGAUAUUCUAAUAUUUCGUGUGUUUUUUUAAGACAACUGCUUUGAAAUGAAUAUUUUUUUUGUAUUAUUUUACUUUCACCCAAAGUCAGGAGUUAUCAGGUUAUUUUUAUUUUAAUGCAAGUCAGGGAAUAUUUAUUUAUUUAUUUUAUUUUUAUAUUGAAUAAUUGUAAUUAUAAUAUAUAUUUUUCUAUUUUAUUUUCACCCAAACUCAGGAAAUAUUCAGGAAAUAUUCAGGAAAUAUAUUUCUUUAACGACCAUUGGUUUGGAAGACAUUAUUAUUACUAUUACUAUUAUUAUUAUUAUUAUUAUUAUUAUUAUUAUUAUGUAAAGUCAUGAAACGUAUAUCCAUUGAUUUUAGUUUUUUUAAUGUUAAAGACCACUGUUUUGGAAGACAUUUUGUUUUGUUAUUUAUUUGGAUGCUAAGUGUGGCCAACCUUAUGAUGUGUUUACUUGUUACUUUUGUGACUUUUUGGCUUGGACCAUUAAACCCUCAUAUGGUUUGCAUUUGUAGCUCCGCCCGUUUUGGUACCACGUCAGUUGUUAGCCUUCCAGCAUGGUGCCAAAACCAACAUUGAUAUCGAUAUUUCCCAGCAGAAUGACAAUCAGAAAUUCAGCAGGAGAAAUUCCUGCCCUUUUUUCCCCGUCCUCCCCAAAAGACGAGCGAUGAUGAGCCUUGUGACUCCACGUUCGCACGAAGUGUGUGAAGUAUGACUGGAGGUCAUCCAUCGCAACGGCAGGAGCGACAUUGCAACAACAGCAGCUGUCAGCUUUGUAACAACAUCGUGACAUAACAUUUACGCCCCAGCCAGAAAUACAAUACCGUGUGUCAUGUCAGAUGCUUGACGCGUGAGUUGUUAGCGCAAUUUAGGAGUCGUUACUCUUUUAACCACCCUGUGGGAGCAACACUCUUGGCCAUUCUACUGAAGACGAUAGUUGCAAUGUUUUACACCAGGGCUGUCCACAGUAUCCAUGAUCGGCCCUCGGCACUUUUUAACUUACAAUCAAACACGUGAACCAAAAAAAACAAAGUCAAAAUAUUUGGAGAAUGAAGCUACAAUAUUGAGAGAAAAAACUUUGAGAAAAAAGUCAUAAAUUUACGAGAGUAAAGCUAAAAUAUUAGGAGAAAAAAAACUGUAAUUCUAGCAUCGUGCGCUCCAGGGUGGAGUCGGGAAUGGGAACGAUUAGGCUGUUCAUGGCACCAGUCUGACCCUAUAAUGCACUUUAAGGAAGGUUCAGCCAUGUUUGUUUUGAAUCUUGCUCCUUCUAAACUCCCUCUACUGCCCUCCUCUCCCCUCCCCUCCUGGCCGGCUGCUUCUGCUUCUGCUUGUGCGUCCUGCUGGGAUUAGCUACCGGGAUUAGCUACCGGGAAGGUAUUACCGCCGCACUCCCCCGACUCAUGCUCCUUACAUGCAUACCUACAUGUAUAUAAAGCACACACGGGAUAAUCCAAGUAAAUUCUACCCCCAAAAGAAUGCCCUAAACAUUUAAUCUGUGAUUAACAGGAGCUGCUGGGGGGCUAACUAGUUAGCAUUUAGCAUCCUUCUGCUCGUUUUUCGAUUGAUAAUACUUUCAUGUUUGUUGUCCACAUUUACCGCACAUCACUUUGGGCUGGUUACUGUUUGUUAGCAUAGUCGCUAAUCUGGCUAGCUGUAAAAUAGGCCAGACAUCUUUUUUUAAACAGCCUUUGUCAUAACAACUUUGUUUAUUGCGUUCUCAACCAGAUUAUUGUUUGACUUGAAGCCACUCCAUAGGCUUAAAGGUGCACUAACUAGUUUACAUCAUUAAAUUUAAUGCCAGUGUUAGCUUGUUCAAGCUAACAUGAUUGCCAGCUUCAACAUUUGGUUUCCAUUCAACACGAACAUGUCGUACACUCCUUGUCCAGCAGGGGGCAGAAGACGUAAUACAUACGUAGUAGUAUGGCUUUAUUUUCCUGAAAUGACAUCUUUUUUUCUCACCUUAGUAUGACUGUGUAUGACAACAUUCUUAUGUUUGAAGUUCUUGUAUGAUGGGAUUGU